AUGCCUUCAAAUAAUCCACACAUCGUGCUCCACAAAAAUGGUGUUGAUCCUGACUUUGAUUCGCAGUUUCAUUUUGAAACACCUAUCAGUGAAAUUAUUGGUGAGUCAAGCAACAUUUCUGUUUUGCAAACGAAAAUUAAAAAAAAAAACUUAUUGUGUGACUUGUAG